CAUCAACAAUGUCUUCCUCAUCAAGCGAUGAAGCAGAUAAAGCUUUUGAUGAAAUGGUCGACGAAGUUGUUGAUAAUUUCAUAGACACAGUAGUUGAUGGUCAAACCAACUACCGGAAGAAACGAGCUUAUAUCGAAAGAGAUCGAGAGCGAGGACACAAUCAACUAUGGAAAGACUAUUUCAUGGAAAAUCCUACAUACCCACCUGAAAUGUUUAGGAGGCGUUUUCGAAUGAACAAACCACUGUUCCUUCGCAUUGUCGAGCGUCUAAGUAGUGAAGUUCCAUACUUUCAGCAAACAAGAGAUGCUGCGGGAAGGUACGGGCUUUCUCCCCUUCAAAAGUGUACGGCAGCUAUACGUAUGCUCGCAUAUGGUCAGUCGGGAGAUACAUAUGACGAAUAUCUCCGACUUGGUGACAGUACAUCACGUUUAUGUUUGGCAAAUUUCACUGAUGCAAUAAUACAGUUGUUUGGAGAUGAGUAUCUACGCAAGCCUACACCCGAGGAUCUUCAACGAUUACUCGAUGUUGGAGAGGUACGGGGGUUUCCGGGGAUGAUAGGCAGCAUCGACUGUAUGCACUGGGAGUGGAAAAACUGCCCAACGGCUUGGAAAGGUCAGUUCACACGUGGUUCAGGAAAGCCGACAAUUGUCUUAGAAGCUGUUGCAUCACAAGAUCUUUGGAUAUGGCACGCAUUUUUCGGCUUACCAGGUACCCUCAACGAUAUCAAUGUUCUAGAUCGGUCACAUGUUUUUGAUGACAUCUUACAUGGUCGAGCACCUAAAGUUAAGUUCAAGGUCAACAACCACACUUAUCGUAUGGCCUACUAUCUUACUGACGGAAUUUAUCCAAAUUGGGCAACAUUUAUCCAAUCCAUCCCACUUCCUCAAGGUCGUAAAGCCGAGAAAUUUGCUGAAAAACAAGAAUCCGCCAGAAAAGAUGUCGAACGGGCUUUUGGAGUAUUACAAUCGAGGUUUGCAAUUGUUAAAAACCCAGCUAAACAAUGGGACAAGGCAAAGAUAGGAAAGAUAAUGAAAACUUGUGUCAUAUUGCACAAUAUGAUAGUAGAGAACGAACGACACGGAUACGCUCAAAUUAAUACGUCUGAGUUUGAGUCAGGAGAGUCCAGCAGAAGUUCAAGGGAUUGA